AUGAAAGCUUGGCAAGUAUUUAAGACGUCAAGUCUAGAUAUUAGGCUAUGCUGGAUUUCAGCAUUUUUAAGAUUGGCUUCUUAUGGUGUUACGAACCAAGUUUUGACGCUGUUUUUGAAGGAAAUUGGCAUCUCUGAAAAGGAGAUGGGAUGGUUUAUGUCGUUGACCUUAGUGGGCGAUGUUUGUAUAUCUUAUCUGUUGACCUGGCAUGCAGAUGAGUGGGGCAGACGGCGUAUUCUUACGUAUGGCGCCGUGAUGAUGGUGUUGAGUGGGUUGGUUUUCAGCUGGAGCGAAAACUUCUACGUACUUCUGGUGUUUGCCAUUUUCGGAGUUAUUUCGCCAUCAAGCGACGAAGUUGGGCCUUUCAAGUCCAUUGAGGAAUCUAUGAUAGCGCAUCUCACUCCCCACAAUCGUCGACCAGAAAUUUACGCAAUUCACUCACUUGUGAGUAUCUCUGGAAGUGCACUUGGAUCGGUUUUUUGCGGGUGGUUUGUGGAAUUACUACAAGACAACAAGGUAUUCGACACUCAACUGAAGUGCUACAAGGCCGUCUUCGCUGUGUACACUGUCCUGGCAUUUGGGAAAUUGAUUUCCAUCGUUUGUCUUUCGGACGCCGCAGAAUUGGACGGUCAUGUUCACGAAGAGGUCGAUCCUCAACAGGUUUUCGACGAAACUGUUUCUUUGGUCGAGCCAACCGUGACUCAAAAGUCGAAAAUGGCACCUGAAACGUUUUCCAUCAUGGUAAAGCUUCUUGUAAUUUUCAUGCUCGAUUCGUUCGGCUACGGAUUUAUGACAAGCGCGUGGACAGUAUUCUACUACUCCGUUGUAUUUGGUUUGGGCCCAGCAGCACUGGGCCUCCUUUUCUUCGGGGCAAAGGUCAUGAUGGCAAUGUCAUCUCUGCCGUCAUCGACCGUUGCCAGAAUGUUUGGCCCUGUCAAAGCGACUCUGAUGGUGCAAGUCCCAUCUGCGAUUUUUUUCAUGUUGAUCCCAUUCGCCGAAGGCCACCUUUCAUUGUCGCUAAUUUUCUUCAACCUUUACAAUCUCACAAUGGCUAUGGACGUCACGCCUCGCCAAAUCUUGCUCACCAAUAUCAUCAAACCAAGCGACUUGACUAGAGUUAUGGGUGUGGUGAACAUAGGUAAGACGUUUGCGCGCUGCAUCGGACCUAUAUUUACAGGCUUACUGGCAGACAAGGGAUUACUGUGGUGCUGUUAUCUGAUCAGCAGUUCUUUUGUGCUUCUCGCAGACUUCGUACUUGCAGUUCUGUUCUAUGACAUUGAUUCACAUAUUCUCAAGACCACUAAUGCGUAG